AUGCUUCUUUAUAAAAAAGAAAAUGGAAAGGAAGUACCACCGCAUCGUUUUGAAGUUAUAGAAGUACCAAUAGAUGAAAAAAAUUUGAUUCAAAGUAUUAUUAGGAAUCAUGGACUAGAAUAUGCAUAUCAAGAUUAUAAAAGAGGAUUUAAAUAUUGGAAUGUGGGAAUUUAUUAUGGUAAUACUAAUUUAAUAUUGUAA